CGUCUUUCUUGAAGACGGCUUUUGAUGGAUCCCACUCUUUCAAAGUUUCCGAUUCUCUCUUACAUCUGCUCCCAACAAGACCCCUACAAUUACCCAUCGCUCCCUCGCGACAUCUCCAUCGACUUAUUCACCCGUUUCCCUCGUCUAUCCGACCCGGCAAUCCUUUCUUCACUUUCCCAAUCCAUCCCUUCCACCGUCACCCAAAGCCACUCCCUCCUACGCUCCCUUGGGCCCCGACCCGACCCAUCUGCAGUCUCCGCUGCCCGUUCCAAGAUUAUCCAGAUUCAAGAAACCCAAUCUUCCUCACAGGAGGCCGAGAUAUUUAAGUCCGUGAUCAGGUUGGAAGCGUUGCACGAGGAUUACGAGAGACAGUUGACCGAGUUGGAGGAGAAUUUGGGUCGUCUCUACCGUUCAGCUGUGGAACAAAUGAGAGGUGAAAUUGAAGUGAAUGAGGAGGUCGUGAGGAUUCUGGAAGAAGCUGAAACUGGGGUCGUUGAAAGAGUUGAGCUUUCUGGAAGGGGGCUGAGGCUUUUGCCUGAGGCCUUUGGUAAACUUCAUGGAUUGGUUCAUCUCAAUCUUUCCAGCAACCAGAUAGAGGUCAUUCCUGAUUCAAUAGGAGGUCUAAAGAAACUUGAGGAGCUUGAUGCAUCCUCCAACCAAUUGCAAUAUCUGCCUGACUCCAUUGGUUUGUUGCUUAAUCUGAGGAUCCUUAAUGUCUCGGGAAACAAGCUAAAUGCUCUCCCUGAAAGCAUAGCUCGAUGCAGCUCACUGCGUGAGUUGGAUGCAAGCUUUAACAACUUGUCAUUUCUUCCAACUAACAUUGGAUAUGGGCUCCUGAAUCUUGAAAAGCUGUCAAUCCAUCUAAAUAAGAUCCGCUUCCUGCCAUCAUCAAUCUGUGAAAUGAGGUCCUUGAGGUAUCUGGAUGCUCAUUUCAACGAGCUUCAUGGCUUGCCGCAAGCAAUCGGGAGACUGACGAAGCUUGAAGUCCUGAACCUGAGUAGUAACUUCAAUGACUUUACAGAAGUUCCUGAUACCAUUACCGAUCUGACAGAUCUCCGGGAACUUGAUCUUAGCAACAACCAAAUCCGGGUUCUACCUUACACAUUCGGCCGCCUCGGGAAAUUAGUGAAGCUGAAUUUGGACCAGAAUCCUCUCAUAGUGCCUCCAGCUGAGAUAGCAAACAAGGGGGCAGAAGCCGUGAAAGAAUUCAUGUCGAAAAAGUGGAUAGAAAUAAUCACAGAGGAGCAAAGGAGAAUCAAUCUUGAAGCUAGCAAUCAGCAAGGUCAGACGGGAUGGUUAACAUGGGGAAGUUCAUUGGUGAGCAACAUUGCGUCUGGCGUAGGAGGAUACCUAAGCGGGCCAAAGGCUCCAAGUGAUCCAUAUCUGGAUCAGCAACUGUGAUCACUUGCUGUUCCAUAUGCCUUAUGUUUAGUUGUUUUGAGAGAUCAAUGUCUCCAAAUAAGAGAAGCUUUGAAACUACAAGAUUUGUGUGUGUGUGUGUGUAUAUAUAUAUGCUGUAAUAAUGAUGAUACCCGGACACACGAGACACUAUAUACAUACAUAUGUGAGAGGUGAAUGGACG